AUGACUUCUUCUUCUUCAUGCACCAACAAGACAGCGGGCGGCGCUGCCCUGCGUCUCGCCACAGCAGCGCUCGCCGCCCUCGCCACCGGCACGAACGCCGCCAUGUACGAGGUGUCCCCCGACGGCAGUCCCAUGACGCUCACCGCAGCGCUAGAGGUGGCCGGCGCCGGCGACAUCAUAUCUUUGGCAGACGGGAUCUACCGCGAGCCGAUCGUGACGAUGAACGCCGGCGUGGAGGGCAACCCUCUCGUGAUCACGGGCGGCAGAGGCGCCAUCAUCAACUACUUCAGCGGCGACAGGUCUCUGAUGUGGUCCCAGAAGGUCGUCGACAUCCGCCACUCGUACGUCACUCUGGAGGGCGGGUGA